UAAUAGUUUCGGGAAAUUAUAAGAUGGAGAUGGAGGUAACGUAACAAAACAAUGCAAGGGUCACCACCAUCAGUGGAACACAGAGAGGCGCGGAGGCCGUCCCCCAUUUGUUCCUGUUAUUGUAUUUGAAACGCGGGAAAUGCGUCAGUUGAACAUUUGAAAUUCAUAAUCUUAUCGAGAGAGUAUACCCCCGAACUACUGUAAUAGAUUCAGGUCCUCCAAUUCCCAACCCUUGCCCAUCACACUGACACCACCACCCUACUUUCAAAUAAACUCCGCUGGUUCUAUCAAUUGCACCGUUUCUUAAUUACAGGUUGUCAAACAUUGUAAAUGUGAAGUGCGGUCAUUUCCAUUCCACUUGCUGCCGAAGAGAUUUGCAUUUCUCAAAGGAUACACCUGGAAACCCAUGAUAAUACAGGCAGUCCUUCCACAUACUGAAAUUCUCAUUUGGGUCGACGCUUCAAUACGGUUUGUUACUGGUAAUCUGAAACCUUUGUUUGAUGAUGUUCGUUCAUCGGGUUUAGUGCUGUACUUCACCCCUUUUUCAGCUGGACAGUUCACAUCAAAGAAAAUGUUCAACUAUUUUGGAGAUAGCGCUUGCCAGUUCGAAACGUACUUUCAACUCGGGGCUGGGUUUAUAGCAGCGCACAAUGAACGUUUCAUGAGGGACGUCAUGUUUAAGACGUGGUGGGCAUGCGCUGUAGACCCAGAAUGCAUGUGCACCGAUUACGAUAAUCGGGAACUGAGCUGCAAUAUGACGAUUAGAAAAUACUCGAAGUGUCAUAGAUUUGACCAGGCGACCCUCACUCUGAUGCUGGCGAAGCUGUUCAGAGAAUUUACGUUCAGUUUCAGAUCGCCAUAUACAAAGUAUUUCAGUGUGAAACAGGGUCAUUCCGAUAACUACUUUCAAGAACUGGAGGCCAAAAUGCACAGGGAUGACAGGGGCGUAGCGUGA